GAUGGGAAUCGACGGUGUUGAGAAUCGAUUCUCAUCUUAAAUCGGAAAUCGAAUCUCCGCAAUGCAAAGCUCAUGAGGCAGAAGUGAGGCGACGAUGGGGAUGAUGGUGCUAAUCAUGUUGGAGUCUUUUAAACUUUAAUUGCAAAACCUUACCGCAUCAAGUGAAAGCACAGAGAGCGUGUCAUCGCUCAAAGCUCGGACGUUAACGCGCUCAACGCGGGGGUCAACAAAUCACUUUCGCCGUGGAAUUCCACAUUCCUAUGGCCGGGAGCUGCUGUCGGUUGAACUUGUUGUAACUUCGAGCAGUCACGAUGGAGGUGGACGAGGAGCAUGUGUCCACGCUGCUCGCCAUGGGCUUCUCGGACCCCUUCUCCGUGCGCAGGGCGCUCAGCUUAGCCAAGGGAGAUCUGGGAGACGCCGUGUCCUUCCUCACCAACGAGACGCCGGGCCUUGGCCUCCAGAGGGAAGGAAGAGAAGGCGGCGGAGAAGACGACGAGGACGUGGAGAUGAAGACGGUGUCGGGCAGGGACGCGCUGCCCGCCUACGACGACCUCGCGGAAGCGGAGGACGAGAACGGAAAUGGCACGGGCGUCCCCACCUUCCCAGCUGCAUGCCUCUACGACCUGGAGAACAGAGUGUUCACCGAGCAAUGGUCAAUACCGUAUAAGCGCAACGAGUCGCUGGGACGGUGUCUCUCGGCCGCCACACGCCUCGCCAAGCAUGACCUCCUUGAUUCAGAUGAGAGCUGCAAGAGGUUCAUUGAGCGCUGCAUGCCUGAAGCUUUUAAGAAGCUGUUGACGUCGAGUGCGGUGCACAAGUGGGGUUCGGAGAUCCAGGAGGGGAUCCUCCACAUGCUGCUGCUUCUGGUGCAGCUCACGGCAGAGACGCUCACUUCUAAGAACACAUCCCCCUUUCUACUCACGUCACUCGCACUGGCCUUCAACCCAGAGAACGAGUUUCACUUCAAGAACCGCGCCAAAGCUUCCCAGACUCCACGCCUUUCCUCUUCCUCGUCAUCCUCCACCUCUUCACAGGAUGACUCCCCUUUUGCAGAGUCUUCCCCUGGCAAGGAACCCUAUGGCUGGCUUGUGGAUUUAAUCAAUAAGUUCGCCGAGGUUGGAGGUUUCAACGCCAUAAAGACCAAGGCAGAGACUGAAGAUCUGGACUUGACGACUAUGGCCUCCGUCCUGCAGCCACUCGGAAUGUGUGCAGAAUUUCUCAACCCCACAGUCAUGAAGACGAUGUUCAACCCUGUGGUUCAGAAAGUUAUGGCGUCAUUGCAGAACCUGGAUGAAAAGGAUCUGAAGGACAAGCGCCUUGCCUCUGUGCCAUCGCUGCUGUCAUCCCUGAAACUGCUGUGCCUUCGUUUGAGUGCUGAAGCGGCGCAGCAGGUGGACCUGCUGCGCCUUGACACCCUGCUGCGUAUGCUGCGCUCGCCACACUUCAAUGCCAAGAUGACUUCACUCAAGGAGGUGUCCCGGCUGCUGGAGGACAGCUCGAGUGCGCGUGCCUCGCGGGACGCGAUGGCACGUGAACAGCUGCUCUCGUGGCUCGAGCAGCAGCAUGUGCUGUCUCUCGCUCUGGAGGGUAACAUAGACCAAGCGCAAUACUGUGACCGAGUCAAGGGAAUCAUUGACGCUUUGGGUAGCAAACUGACCCUCGAUGAGAUCGCAUCAUUAUGGAAAAUGCAGACGGGACAGUCGACCACAGUGAUGGACAACAUCCACUCCAUCCUAGCGUCUUCCGCCACCCACUUGGGAAACCAGCAACUUCACCACCUCUUUGACCUCAUCCACCAGAGCUGGGAUUCAGAGAGCGACAGGGUGAGACAGAAACUCCUCACUCUUAUUGGGCGAAUUGGCCGGGAGGGGAGGUCAGAGAGCACAACCUCCAAGGUGCUGGACCUGCUGUGGGAUUUCUCCCACGAGCAUUCGCUGCCUUGCAGUCUGGUUCAGCAGGCUUUGUCUGAGCACAUGGCCGUGUGCUGUGAGCCAUACUCGACGCGGGAUGCUCUCAAGAGAUCGUUCGCUCUCCGCUGUGUUGAAGACCUCAAGAAGGGCAUCCUGGUGGUUCCUCUACUGAGGCAUCUGCACGAGAUGGUGAAGAGCCUCUUAGAACACAGCUACCAGAAGCAGGAAAAGGGCAUCAUCCAGGAGCUCAAGAAACAUGUGGACAUGGUGAAAAUGGUGACAGGCAGCCUGGUGGCCACCCAUAAGACAGCUGUAGGGUCCUCAGGUCCUGGGGUCCUCGAUGGGUCCGUGCUUGUGGACGGCCGCUAUUCCCACCGUGAUCAUGUGGAGGCUCAUCUCAAGUUCUUGGCGUUCUUCCUCCAAGUGGCUGCCCUGUAUCUGUCCCAGAGCCGAGCCAACGACAUCUGGGACUGCCUGGUGUCCAACCCCAAUGCAUGCGAUUCAGACAGAGAGCUGUGUCUCGAGUGGUUCACCCGCGGUCUUCACGACCUGGAGCCGGACACGCAGCAGCGUCUCUUCAAAGACAAAAUUCUCCGUCUGGAGCCACUUGAAAUGUCCAUGAACGCGUUCAAUCUGUUCAAGGCAUUCUUUGAGAGUGUGAACAUGAAUGAGCAUCGACUGAAGAAGCAGGCUGGGCAAAUGCUCGUAGAGAAGCCAGAGUUAAUGGGGAUGGAUUUCAUCUGGCGGGUUGCAAUGGAAACAAGUGAUGAUGACAUCGCAAAUGAAGCCAUCAACCUCAUCAUCAGCUACGGCUUCACAUGCCUCAACCCUCGCCUCAAGAAGGACCCAUCCUCGCUUCACAAGAAAUUCUUCUCUGAAUGCCAAAAGCGACUGGAGGCGGCGAGUGGAGGUCUGAGCUGCGUGCCUUCUGUCUGCCACGUGCUGGGCCGUGCGACGCGGACGUUAACGGCUACGGCUUCCCCGGAGCUCUCCAGCACCGUCGACGCCCCCUCAAGGGUAAGGAGGGUUUUGACUCUGGAAAGGCUCUUACUUCUGGCGGAGCGAUAUAUUGUCACUAUUGAGGACUCCAGUGCCGAUGCAUUUCCGCGGACCCUGCUCCCCCAUGGGGCCUCGUUUCAUGGCCAUCCCAUCACCCUGCACGUGUCGUGUGAUGGGACAGGAGCGUUAUUCACACUAGAGGCUCAUAGCAACGAGACGGUCAGCAGCGUGAGGGCUCGUGUUGCUGCUCACAUCCCCUGCUCACAAGACGUCCUCCAGAUUUUUGCCAACGACACCUUGCUCACCUCCUCCCGCAACCACAAGCUCCUCCGCCAGCUGCACUUUGCCGAGCGGCAGCAGCUUGGGGCAAAGGUUGCAUCGGGGUCGGCAACCUCCGCUUCUACGGCAGCUGGAGGAGGAGGCGGGGCGGCAGCAACCGCCACGGAUACGGCCGCCACUGGCAACGCGUAUGGGCUAGAUCAGGAGAAAUCCCUGCCCGGUGUUGUGAUGGCACUAGGACAACCGAUGUUCGACCUCCUCUACCAGCUCGCCAACAUCGACGAGCCUAGGCUGACUGUGCGAGUUCGGAACCUGCUGCUUCUCAUUCCCACGGAUCCUUCAGUCCAAGAUACCCUGGAUGCCUUGGGGCGAAAGUCUGCAGAUGGGAGAUGCAACAGCAUCCAGGCCUUGGGCUCCGUUCUAGAGAGCCUUUUCCGAUUCUCCUCCACCGGCAUGUCCACCUUCAGAGUUCUUUACAACCUGGAGGUUCUGAGCUCGAAGCUCAUGCCGUUGUCUCAAGAUGAGAUGGCUCGGGACUGUGCUCGAUCCUUCUGUGAGGGCUUUGUUCAAGCAGGAGGACUGAACCUCGUUGUGGGAGUGAUGGAGAGAGACACUCUGCCCAUGGACACGGACUACGAGACGAGACAAGACAUCUACUCCAUCUGUCUUCAGUUGGCCCGCUUCUUGCUCGUCGGCCUUCCCCUCGACAACAAUUUUCCCGACGACAUCGCCAUGGAGACAAACGAGGGCCGCCCAUCCCCAUCGUCGCGUCCAGCCCGCACCGCCCAGCACCUCCGUUCCAACACCACCACAUCGCCGUCAACGCCGUCGUCGUCCUCGUCGUCAUCGCCAGCCGCGGGCUCCAUCUGCUCCACCAACGCCAGCACCUCCCCCUUCUCGACCGCUCCGGGGACUCAGCCCAUCACUCCCUCCACGCGCCUGUCUGUGGGCAGCGGCGGUGGCACGGGGACGCAGUCCUCGUCUGAUCGCGCGUCGAUCCGCAUCGACGACGUGCAUCCGGCAGCGCGAGCAGCCAUACAGACGAUGGAGUCAUGUGAUUUUGCAAGCGCAGUCUCUUGUCUCGUCCGUGUCUCCUGGGCGGCUGCUGCUGGGCGUCUGGAUCUGUCGGGGACGACUCCGCUAUCUGAUCCCGGCGUCAUUUACAUGCGUGGAGCGAUGGGGGGUGGCAGACGCAGUCGGCAAAGCAGCACAGGCAGCACAGGCAGCUCUGGAAGCGAGUUGGGCGACCCCUCUGCGGUCCUGCAGGCCGGUGUUUGUGUCAGGCAGCUUGCUGUGGCUCCCAAGGACGCCCGCGUGUCCAUCGAGGCCCUCUCACUCCUUGUCACAUGUCUGCAGCUACGCAGCUCUCUCAUCGGUGCAUUCUACACUGUUCCCUGUGUCUCUGACUUCAUCAUCGACAUAUUACUCUGCUCGCCAAGCGAAGAGGUGCGGCGAGCUGCGUGCGAUGAGCUCUACGCUCUGAGCUGCACCUCCUGCCCCACCAUGGGAGGGGGUGUGGGGGACGACGCUUCCCAGGGUCAGAAACCACUGCUCUUCCUGCUCAGGGUCAUUCUACAGGCGCGUCUACCGCUGUGGACACCGGCCGGGACGCUACGGGGACACCACCAGCGUCUGCUGGCUCAGUGCAAGGAGUACUUUGACCUAAGAUGCCGCCUGCUGGAGGAUAUGACAGACACAGAUAUGAAAAUGUUGGAAGUGAGCCCGGCGGCCAUGUUGGAGGACGAGAUCACAUGGCUCGACAACUAUGAGCCCCCCGCGGCAUUGUGGGAAGGGGGCGACGGAGGCGGUGGCACCAGCGUCGUAGUGCAUUCUGGGACUUCUCUUCUGGCGGGACACCUACGUCUCAUCAACACUCUGCUAAUGCUGAGCACGCAGGACAAAGAUCAGAUCGGUCCCCACCUCAUCCGUCAACUCUUGGAGACGUUCCUCUUCCCCGCGGCAAAAAUCAUUGAGACGACGCAGAAGGAGGAAGCGGCGGGUCCACCCUCACAGCACAACUUCAACCCCAGGUGCUGCUCGCAAGAAAGCCGCCUCGCUGCCUGUGAGGUUCUGGUCACUCUAGCCGACAGCAGCCUCCGCAACCUGCAGCUGUUGUGCUCAGAGCUGCUGUCUCUGCACCACCAAGUGGAGCCGUCACUUGCCAAGGAGUUUGAGUACCUUCCGCCUGUGGAUGGUCGCUCCGAGUCCGGAUUUGUGGGUCUCAGAAACGGGGGAGCAACCUGCUACAUGAACGCCGUGUUCCAGCAACUCUACAUGCAUCCCGGCCUACCUGAGGCCAUUCUGGCUGUGGAGGGGGAGGAUGCGGAGAACCCAGAUGAGAGCGUAUUCUAUCAAGUGCAGUGUCUCUUUGGACACCUCAUGGAGAGCAAACUGCAGUACUACGUGCCACAGACAUUCUGGAAGAUCUUCAGGCUCUGGAACCGGCCCCUGAUGGUUCGGGAUCAGCAGGAUGCUUACGAAUUCUUCACCAGCAUCAUCGACCAAAUCGACGAACACCUGAAGAAACUGGGAAAGGAACAGAUCUUUAAGAACACUUUUCAGGGAGUUUUUUCCGACCAGAAAAUCUGCAAGGACUGUCCACACAGGUAUGAGAGAGAGGAGCUGUUUGUGGCUCUCGACCUCGGUGUGACUGGCGGCUCGAGUCUUGAGGUUUGCCUUGACCAGUUUGUGAGGGGCGAACUCCUGGAAGGGGACAACUCGUACUACUGUGAGAGGUGCUGCCUCAAGCGCACGACUGUGAAGCGAAUGUGCAUCAAGUCCCUGCCAGAGCUGCUCGUGAUUCAUCUCAUGAGGUUCGGAUUCGACUGGGACAGCGGCCGCCCCAUCAAAUAUGACGAGCAGAUCCGAUUCCCGUUCCUCCUCAACAUGGAGCCGUACACGACCGUGGGGCUUGCUCGCCAAGAGAGCAGCAGCAACAACAGCAGUAAUGGUGGCAGUAAUGGCGGCAGUAACGGCGGCAGUAAUGGCAGCAGUAGUAAUGGCAACAGCAGCGGAAGCAAUGGCGCGGCGUUGAAUGGGACGGCCACGGCGUCGCCGGGCGGGGGAGCCGGCGUGCACGACGAUCAGUAUGAGCUCGUGGGCGUCGUGGUUCAUAGCGGACAAGCGCACGCUGGGCACUACUACAGCUUCAUCAAGGAGCGCAGGCCCGGUCCUGCUCUUGGCCGUUGGUUCCGGUUUAACGACACCCAAGUGGAGGGGUUUGAGAUGACGGAAGAGGCCCUGGAAUAUGAAUGCUUCGGCGGAGAGUACAGAACGAAGGUUUACGAUCAACACAACUCUGCGUCGGAUCUUCGUCGCCGCUACUGGAAUGCCUACAUGCUGUUCUACCAACGCACUGGGGCAUCUGCUGCUGCUGCUGCUGCCUCUGCUACUGCUUCGAACAUUUCAACCACCACAGCCACCUCCACUACUGCCAUCUCACCUGUAUUGCCCAAGAAAAGCCGUGUCAGCACCAGUUCUGGAUCUAGCUCUGGUUCUGGAUUGGGCUCCAAUGCCGUAUCUGACUCCGGUUCCGGAUUGGGUGCCACCUCCACCCCUGGCUCCGGUUCUGGAUCUGGAUCCAGACAGGGGGUGUUUCCGGGUAUUAUGGCGGCGGCUGCAGCAGCGUCCCCGGAUCUGUCCCCGGCCUCGUCCCCGCGCCCGCCCCGGGCUCACGACGGACUCUCCCUGCUCGCCCGCCUCGUGCGGCGCUGGGAGCGUACAGGGAUGCUGGGGGAGCGCAUGCCGCCCUCCAUCUGUCAGGCGGUUCUCGAGGAAAACCUGAAGUUCAUGAAGAACCGAGAGGUCUACAACCAAAACUACUUCAAAUUCAUCCGAGCGCUGGCGUCCAUCAAUGUCAAUAAGAGCAAGCACGCGGACUUUGAGGAGAUGGCGACCGUGAGUCUGCGUUUGGCCGUGAACUUUCUCUUCAACACCUUCCUUCGCACUAAGAAGAAGCUCUGGGAGGAUGUUGAUGAGUGGAUGAUGCUGGUCGGGUCUCUGCUCUGCCGUUCGGGUCGGGCCUGCGAAUGGCUCCUGGAGACGAUAAGGAGCACAGAGGGACAUGAGACAAUACGGCUGCUGUUGCUCGAGUGCGGCGUUCGUGAGGUCAGGAGUCACACGGCAACCAUUCUCGACAAGACCCUGGAGGGCGGACUCCAGCACACAGACAGCCAGGUUGUGCAGGGAUUGAAGAAGCUGGUGGAUUCCUUACUGGACCUCCUAGACAAAGAUGUCAUGGAGAACUGUAAAAACUGUGCCCAGUAUUUCCGACUCCUGGAGUCCUUCGCUCGCAGGGGUCCACCCUCCUGCCAGCUCCUGCUGGACCUUUCUGCAUUCCGGCGCCUCAUCUCAUUCCUGUUGGGACCUGGACCUCAACCAAACCAGAAUCGUCACUGGACCAUGUCUCAAACGCGAGAGUUUUCUGGCCUCCACUCCUGUCUGGCACUCAUCAUCCUGCACUGUGACGUCUCAUCACAGGCCACUGUGGAACCUGGCACUGCGGUCAUGACUUUCACCGCCGUGGAGGCGCCGUCCGCCAACGCCCUCCUCACCCUACCUGAGGACAUCACACAACUCCUUUUCACAAACAGCAACCAGGCCUACAUCAGAGAGGUCAUCAUCGCAUUGAGGAAGCUGCCGUCCAUCGUCACCAUCCUCAUGCAGGCGCUCUGCUACCUCUGCUUCUGCAAUGAGCAGUUCUCCGCCACUGUCCUUCAGCAGAUCAAGAGCCAACUGGAGACGGCUCCACCCAACGAACUCAAGUCCAUCUUCCAGUUGCUCCAUGAGAUUCUUAUGAUCGAGGAUCCACUUCAGACGGAACGCCUCAAAUUCACCUUCGAGCGGGAGCGAGGGCUUCUGGCCUUUAUGCAUCAGACCUCCACCACGGACAGCUCGCGCUGCUACCAAUGCAUCAAGUUCAUCAUGGGGCUGGCCCAGAGGUGUUCAUCUGCCAAAGAAUAUUUUCGUGGUGACACCUACCAUCUCUCAUGGACUGUUCAGUGGCUCCAGAAAAAGAUGUCAGAUCAGUACUACGCUCCACAAACUGACAUCUCAAACGAGACUUCUAUUGGAAAAGCCUUUCAACGGACCAUGUCUGCACAGGACACGCUGGCCGGCAUCACAGCCCUCCUGAAUGAGAAGGACGCAACCGGCACUGUGAGUGCCUUUGAGGACGAGGCCUCCACAGACACCACUCAGAGGACCGCUGAACAGACUCUGGGUUCCCCAAUGAAAAUCGGUGACGCAGACAUCACCGACAUUGAUCCCUGAUCGCCUCCCUCUCCCUCCCUGGCUUGGGAACGCCUCUCUCUGAGUCCCGCGACUCAUUCACAGGAGGAUGCUGCCUCGCCGUGUCCGCCUACUGCCUUACCGAGUUACAUUCAGCUUGAAAACCCUCCACGGAGGAGAGACACUGCACAAUAACUCCACUAAGACAGCCAGGCUGGCAACAUAGUUCUGUACUGCCCAACAACAGCAGAUGGAAGGCUGUGUUCAAAGUCAAAGUAACAUAUAUAAUCGUGAUCUGGAUAAAAUUGUCCUGUGGAUAAACUGACCCCUGGCCAUAGGAAUGUGGAAUGUCUGCUCUGAGGCUGCCAAUCGAUGUGAGUUGCUGCCCCCUUGGGGAGACACCCAGCGCUUGAAAGGUAGGCCUUUGGUGUCUCUGACUCGGCCAUCAUCAACCACAUGAGGGAGACACCCAGACAUCGGGCUUAAUUGAACAGGAAUAGGAAACUUAAUAAAUAAAUAAAACAUAUAGAAUUAAAGUGACUAUUUUCUGCUCCAAUUUGUGUCAAACUUGUGGUGCUCAUCUUCAUUGGUGGCUCUGAGCCAGAGAUGGAAAUUCCACAUUCCCAUGCUAGUGGUCAGUUUUUGUCCAUAUGAUGGUCACAGUUAUUGAUUGGAAAAAGUGGUGCUUCUCAUUCUAUAGACCCCUGGAGGUAUGACGACGAUGAUGAAGGAGAUGAUGAUAAUGAUGAUGGGCUGGGGAUUUGAACUUACAAUCUCCCAACUCCUUGAGUCGUGUUGCUCUGAACCCAGAUACACCAGACCGGAGUAUAUCAAAACAGUCAAAUUAUUCAAAUUAAGUGCACAUUUUUGCAAUGAAAUCGCAGCUCUGAGCCUUGCAAAGGGCCUCUCUUGCCUUUAAAACGAAGCGAUUUACCGCAAACCCUAACAUCGACGUGCCUUUAAUACAAAUACUUUUCAAAUGGAAACAGAAAAAAUUGCCAAAUUUGUUUUUUUCAUUUGACCAUUGCGUUUUGGUUUGCUAUUUUUACAAACAUUUGUCAAGUUAUUACUUUUUUUUACUUUUUGUUUACUUUCCAACAUUUCAUUUUGCCGCUAUCUGGUGCUGCUUUGGUUUCCGCAUAUGUUUCGUUGGGGUUGUCGCAUUUCCGUUUGUUAUUUUCAGUUUUCGAUUAAAGAAAAUCCAUCGUCAAACAUCGCACUUGGUGCUAAGCAGAUUUAAUGACAGAAUUCCUAAGAGCAGGCAUUAAAACCACACCACUCCAUUCUCAGGCACCCAGGCAUUGACGUCUGGAAUUAGUGUUGAAUAUUAAACUGAUGUAAUGUUUUCAAUAUGAAUGGAUUAAUCUAUUUUCCCCCAAUUUCAUCCUAAUUUUGCAAUUGGCGUCAUGAAACAGAACUGACAUAGAACACUCAGCAGAUAUCACAGAACUAAUUCUGGAAUCUCCUCAGCUGUUCCCUUAUCCACCAGAGAGAAAAAAAUUCACCUGAAAGAGAGAAUUGUCCAUCACAUGAAAAGGCAAACUGAUAAUUUUACACUGAUUUGGAAUUGAACCAUCGUGAGUGCCAAAUAAAAUUUUAUGGUUUUUUUGUGUAGUUAUUGGUGACCAGGCUGAAACCAACAACUCACUACAAUUGAAAUCAAGCCUAUUCACAGAGGGGUGACUGAUUUCCAACCCAGGAUUCCAGUGAUGGCAGCUCAGCCCUUUCACUUCUGAGCCACCUGAAUUCCAGAUGUUUUACCCGUUGAUGUCCUUCAGUGGCUAUCCUACAGUUCAGUUUAAUUUUCUCCCUUAUUUUGACUGAAUGAGUCCUCACGGCUGAAUAAUGACUAAAAUUGCAUUCAACCCAAAAUCAUUUUUUUUGUUAAACCAAUCUGAAGCCUUAAAAUCAAGACCAAUUGCAACUGGGUGUGUUCAUGGCUGGUGCUGGCUCACUCCCUCUGACAUAGCCAUUAUUAACCUCCUCGGGGAGAAAGAUGUUGCAUUCCCACAACAGUUGGCAACUAGGCUCAAGCUGUACUUCGGUUGUUACAGGAAUGAGCUGACACGGCUCGGCUCUUGCCCCAAAACAUGGCUCCAUUGAUUCGAUUCCUCCCCAUCCCCCUUUCCUCUCUCCACGGCCAGAGGGAAGCAGUCAUUAUUUUGGAAAUGUUCUGCCGUGCCUAUUUUUAACACAAUUGUGAAAUUAGUUUAAUUCGAGAAAUGCCAUUCACAGCAUGCAUCUCUUUUUUUCCAUUACCCCUUGUAUGUCACAGCUGUUUACCAGGCCCGCCAAUCUGAAGCGUGGGUAGCUUCCUCAGCCAAGCAAGCUACGCAGCCCAGAGUGAGAGUUGCAUGGCUUGUGUUCAGCUUGGUGCAGGAUUUUAUUGGACUCCGAGCGUCAGCCCAGUUGUCAACCGGGCACGUGGGUUUUUUUGUUUGUGAACUGGCUAUGGGCACGCAGCAAGUGACCCCAAGCUCGAGGAGUCUGUUGAACCCAGGAUCCUGACGGUGCUGGCUCGGUUGCAGCGUUUAUAAUUUAAGGUUUUAACCGAGGACUCUUUUAAAAUGUUUUUUUUUCACAACCCCAAUUUUGGUAGGUAUAUUUUAUUUUAAAUAUUGCUAUUCAAUUGUUUAAAGAUUCCAGAGGGUGGAACACGUUUUAAAUUGACUACAUUUAACAUUUACACACCCAGACAACCUUUGCCUGAGAAUGGAGUAGCAAUGUUCUGAUGGCCUCUUGGAUUUCUUUCGACUAACAUUUGUCUUAAAGCUUGAGAUUAAUGUUUUAAAGAAUGUUGUGGUUUAGGGUGUGCAUGUUUGCUGGUAUAUGUGUGCGUGUGUUGGGGUACGCAGCAGUUUGAAAACUGAGCUAUGUUCCCAGUGAACCUGGGUUUGCUUCCUGACCGUUGAUACCAAACAGUGGAAGGUGGUAUCUAUAACUGUCCUGGGCAUCCCCCGAGGUCAACUUAGCCUUAAAUAAGCACCCGAGUGUGUAAACCAUCAGCACUGUGGCGAGAAGAUCAGAAUCGGAAUCUUUAUAUAGAUUGCAUGAGGAAUCCGAUUGGCUAUGAAACUUUUUUUUUUCACGGAUGUCCAGGAUGGGCAGGUCCGCAAUGAUGGGGUCAGGCAUUGGUGCUGGCUGCACUACCUCCAUGUUCGCCAUGCCGACCUAAAUAGGUGCUCGCUAACAGAACUUGCUCGAACCAGUCUUGAGGAUAAUUGGGGGAUUUUUGUUCUUGUAUAGUGAAAGUAUACGAGAGUAUAGGAGCAUGUGUCUGAAUGUGUGUGUGUGCAUUUACAUGUUAUUGAGUAUGGCUAUGCUAAUUGGUGUAAAUGAGUAUAUAUUGGUACAUAUAUUGGUAUAUAUCUAUAUAGUGUGUAUGUAACAUGGCUGCGAACUGUAAUGAAUGUGUGUAUGUAUCGUUGAGGAUGUGUUGUACGAGUGUGUGUGUGCAUGAAUGUGUGUUUUUGUAUUUGAUUGUUUACGUAUAUGAAUAUUUGGAAGUCUGUAUAUGAGUGUGUGUAAUGUACUAUAUAUACGUAUGUGCAAGUGUGCCAAAUUUUGCAUAUCCCUUAAACCCAGUUUUAAACUGCUUUGAGUGCCAAAGACCCAUUUUCAGCCUUUUAUGCCGAUGGGUAUUUGUCAAGAUCCAGAUCUGGCGUGCGUUUAAAAUCCAAUCUAAAAUUGAUAUAAUCUCAUUAAUAUAUUGUCCCUUUAUUUUAGCCAUUUGAGGGCCAAUUGAGAUAUAUUAUCUCUUAUGAUUGACAUACUUUAACCAGGUGAGAGUCCAUUGAGAGUUAUUCAAUGUUACGAUUAACAUCCUUGAACAGGUGAGAGCCCACUGAGAUUGAUCGUCUCUUGUGAUUGAAUUAUUGAUUCAUGCGAGGGCCCAUUGAGAUUCAUUAUUUUGUGACAAGAGCCUAAUGAGAUUUAUUUUCUCUUGUGACCGACGUCCUUUAACCAAGCGAUAACUUUUUGAGUUCCAUUAUCUCUAGUGAUCAAUUCCCUUUAUUUAACCAGACGAGAGUCCACUGAGAUGUAUUCUCUCUUGUGAUUGACGUCCCGUAACCAGGAGAGAGCAUUUACGUUAUUUCUAUCACUCGGUCCGCUUGUUGAAUCUUUAUCUUAACUGAAACGGCUGUAAACAGUCAAGUGAUCGUCAAUGUGUGAACAUUUAAGCCAACUAACUUGGUUGAAGCACAAAUUGCUAAACAGUUAUUUUUUUGGUAUAAAUAUGCAAAAAUGUAACCAACUGAAUUUGUUUUUACGUUUUAUUAAUUUUAAAGUUUAUUUAGGACAUGGCUUUUCUGCAGAAAAUUUAAUUGUCUCUGGUUUGCGUCGCUUGCCUUUUUCACAUUUUAAUUAUGGAUGUAAAGCGUUGUUUAUAGGCUUUGGGGGACUGGAGUGGAUGAAUGUAAUUUACUUUAGGGGUUUAACAAAUAAAGCGUUGGUUAAAAAAACA